AUGACAUUUUUCAAUUUUCGCCCAUGGAAUGCAGUAAAUGAGCCUAUUCGCGACAACCUAUUUGGGUUUUCCGACGUUGACCAAAAAUUUCCGGACUUGACUUCGCCGAUUUUGCUAUUCCCAACCUCUUCCAACCCCUUUACCGACAAACCCAUCAAUGUUGAACCCAAAGAUCCCGAAAAUUUAAAAGAAGUCUUCCGUAAAAUGAGAACUAAUGGGUUAACUAGCAUUGCAGUCAAGGUGUUCGACGAAAUGUCUAAGAAUGGUUUAACCCACGAAGCGUUGGAAAUGUUCAGGGAGAUCAAAGAAACGGGUAAAAUGCCCGAUGUGGUGGCCCACACUGCUGUUAUUGAAGCUUACGCUGGUGCUGGACAAUGCAAGGAAGCUCACAAUGUGUUUAUGAAGAUGUUGGCAUAUGGGGUUCUUCCCGAUGCUUACACUUAUAGUGUGUUGAUCAAGUCGCUUGCUGCAGAUGGGAUGAUUAUGGAGGCUAAAGAGUAUGUGUUGGAGAUGUUGGGGAAGGGAAUGAAGUCGAGUUCCGGGACGUGUGUGGCGGUUAUCGGGGCAUUUGUGAGGGAGGAGAAGGAAGAGGAGGGAAGAGAGUUGUUGAAGGAGAUGAUCAAACUUUUGGCUGGAUUUUUUUGCUGGAUUUAG